AAAUUUUUAGUCAUGCAAGAUUUGUUAUCUCUAAAGACUCAGGAAAAUGUGAAGUUUCAUAAAGAGUGAACAGCUAAAAAACAAGAAUCAACUAGUCAGCUUUCCUCUAACAAAGAGUAUAAACAAGGAAGUAAGACAGAUGAAAAGGGACUCUAAAGUAAAUAAAGAAAAUAAAAUAAAAGGACAGCCUUCUAAAGACAAAAGGUGGUGCAAAUUAACAGUGUUUUGCAGAGAAUUUAUGGAGGAGAGAAAGGAGAUAAAAGAGUACACGAAUAGAGAAGUAAAGAAGGACCAGUACAACUCCAACUGCCAUGGUCAGGGGUUCCUUGGAGUAGCAUUAAAGACUCUGAAAUACAUGUUCUUCACUACAGAUAUACAUUAGCUACACCAUCCAAAAAAUAAAUGUUCCUUUUUUACUUUCUUGAAAAGAAAAAUCAUGUAACGAGAAAAGAAAAAAAAAUGAGCCAGAUUUAUAAGCAGAAAGUCAGAUAUUGAUGCUCUGAUGAUUUCCAGUUGAAGAACAUGGGAUCUCCAUCUCAGAUUCUCCACAUGAUUUUCGUCAUUAUUGUAACCACUUUCAUGUUCUUAUCAUUGCAGAGAACCCCCAUUUUGAUGGCCGAUGCUUCUUUGGCUGCAGCAGAGUACUCUGAAGGUCAUCACAGCUUACAAACAUUGGAUCUCAUAGAGGAAAGUGAAGAUGAGAUUGAGAAAGUCUCAGGAGAUGAUGAAAAUGAAGAAAAGGAAACAUUGAUAGUGCAAAAGUUUAGAGCUUUACUUGGACUGAAGAGUUUCAAAACAAAAAGCAGAGACAGUGAGUUCCUCUCACCAGCCCCUUCUCCUUCACUUGCCAUAGAAGCUGAAGCUCCAUCUCCUGCUCCUGCUCCUAUUUCAUUUCUGCCAAUCCAAGUACAUUCCCAUCCGCCAUUGCAUCAUUCAAAUUCAAUUCCACCAGCUCACCAGAUUCUAAAGAAGCACAGAGAUAAAAGUAGAUUUAGAAGAACUCUUGCAGCAGUUCUUGUUUCAGCAGGAGCUGCAUUCAUAGUUUCUAUUCUUGGCCUUAUCUGGGCAUCAAGAAAAUUCGGAAAGAACAAAAGAUUUUCUGUAAGAACAAUGUCGGUGUACAGGAAAAAGGGAAGGAGCAGAGGUAAAUCAGCAAGCAAGGUGAGCUUGAAUCCUGGUCUUGAUCUUUUGUAUCUUAAUUCAUUAGAAAGAGAUUUAGAGCAGCAUAGCAGCACUUGUUUCAAACAACCUCCCGAAGCAUUAACUAUAACAUCAAAUCAUAGCACACCAAUAUAUAUUUUUCAUGAUGAGAGGGAGGAAUCUAACCAAGAACUGAUAAUAAAACCAGAGUCUGAUAGUGCUAGUAGUUCUUCUUCCACAAGGGAAAUUAUGUCUGUUCAUGAGGAUAUUAUAGAAUCUGUGAAAUAUGAAUCUGAUGGUGGAAAUACUUCCCCUGCUGUUGAAGUUAUUCCAAUUGAAGUUCAUUCAUCUGAUGAUGAAUCUUUUCAUUCUUUUGUUGAUUCACAUUCUUCCAAUAUUAGGCUUUCUAAUGCUUCAGCUGGUACUCUUACUGACCUAUCAGAAAUUUCACCCUCAAAUGUGCCUAAGACAUCUCCAUCUCCUACAACUUCUAUAAAUUUAGACAUUAAAUUUCCCCGAUCUCCUCAGAAGCUCAACCUGAUAAUUUCAUCUCCUUCAGAUUCUGAUGAGAAUCUUCCACCUCCGCCUCCGCCUCCGCCCCCACCACCUCCGCCGGCUUUGGCGUCUAACAUAACAUCUUCCUGGUCGGCAAGAAUUACAUCCAAAGCUUCAUGUUCUUCUCCAUUCCCAAGUUUAUCAUCUCCUAGGAAGUCAGACACUUCUUCAGGACCAGACCAGACAUCACCUCAUAUGUCUCCCAAGACUUCAGAAGCUCCAUCAAGCAUACCUUCUCCGUCAUACCCAUCUCAAAUUCCGAAAGGAGAUAGUAGCCCUGUAAAAGGUCCAUCUCCUCCACUAUGUCCACCUCCUCCACCUUGCCCACCUCCAUUUAUACCAAGAAAUAGUAGCUCUGCCAAAGGCCCACCUCCUCCACCAUGCCCACCUCCAUGUAUGCCAAGAAAUAGUAGCUCUGCCAAAGGCCCACCUCCACCACCAUGUCCACCACCAUUUAUAAAAGGAAAUAGUAGCUCUACUAAAGGACCGCCUCCUCCGCCGUCUUUACUUCCUCAAUAUGCACCACUAGGAAAAGAUGGAGCUCCAUUGCCAAAAUUGAAGCCUCUUCAUUGGGACAAAGUUAGAGCAGCACCUGAUCGCAGUAUGGUGUGGGACAAGAUUAGAUCAAGCUCAUUCGAGUUAGAUGAGGAGAUGAUUGAAUCACUUUUUGGAUACAACUUGCAUACUCCAGUGAAGAAUGAUGAAGCAAAGAGCAAAAGCCCCUCUCCGAGCAAGCAUGUCCUGGAGCCCAAGAGAUUACAAAACUUAACUAUACUCUCUAAAGCCCUGAAUUUAACUCCUGAGCAAUUAUGUGAAGCACUGAUAAGAGGUAACGGGUUGUCUUUGCAACAAUUAGAGGCACUAGCAAAGAUGGUACCAACAAAAGAAGAAGAGACUAAGCUUGCUGAGUAUAAAGGAAAUGUCAAUGAAUUGGGUUCAGCAGAGAAAUUUGUUAAAGUAGCCCUUACUUUACCAUUUGCCUUCGUACGAGUUGAAGCAAUGCUUUACAGAGAAACUUUUGAAGAUGAGGUAGUUCAUCUGAGAAAUUCUUUCUCAAUGCUAGAGGAAGCUUGCAAAGAACUCAGGUCCAACAGGCUUUUCUUGAAGUUGCUCGAAGCAGUACUCAAAACAGGAAAUCGCAUGAAUGUUGGAACAAUUAGAGGGGGUGCUAGAGCAUUCAAGCUUGAUGCACUCCUUAAGCUUGCUGAUGUAAAGGGAACAGAUGGGAGAACUACAUUACUCCAUUUUGUAGUACAAGAGAUUAUUCGUUCAGAAGGUAUUCGAGUAUCGGAUAGCAUAAUGGGAAGGAUCAAUCAGAAGAACAAAAACAAAACAAUCGAAGAGCGCGAAGAAUGUUACAGAAGAAUGGGACUAGACCUUGUGUCUGGACUAAGCACAGAGCUCUUUAAUGUCAAGAAAACGGCUACAAUUGACCUGGAUGUUCUUGCAAGUUCAGUUUCUAACUUGUCAGAUGGAAUGGCUAAGCUGCAACAUCUAGUAAAAGACUUGUCCACAGAUGAAAAGAGUGGAAAUUUUGUGCAUUCAAUGAAAACAUUCUUAAACUAUGCACAAAGGAACCUAAAAUUGUUGAAGGAGGACGAAGAUAGAGUCCUAUUACAUGUUAGAGGAAUUACAGAGUACUUCCAUGGAGAUGUGAGCAAAGAAGAAGCUAACCCACUUCGCAUUUUUGUGAUUGUAAGAGAUUUUUUGGGGAUGUUAGACCAUGUAUGUAAGGAGCUUAGAAGCCUGAAAGUCACCAACGCUCCAAAUCCUCUUGCUCCAUUUAGAUAGAUUGGAUUGCAUUUGUGUUUUUUCCAUAGGAGGAUAUCAAUAUCAUCGUCCAGAUCCCAAUUAUUAACUA